UGUCUAUCGUACACUUGUGCCGCCAAUUCUAAUCGUUUGAAAACUAGAUGAAGGUACCAUAUUUGGACUGUGCAUAUUGAUGAAGCGCCCUCUGAAGAGUCAUCAACUUGACAACAGUGAUGGGAGUGACCAUGAGAGUUGCAAAAAAGUCAAAAGUGUGAUUUGCAAGGGGAAAGCUCCUGUUGACCCUGAGUGUGUAGGAAAAAUCAAUGUAGCUCAUGUUUACUUUGAAGGCGAUAACGUUUACGAUGUUUUGUUAAACCAGACCAACGUACAAAAUAAUAACAAUAAAUACUAUAUUAUACAAUUAUUGAAAGAUGACAAUGUGAACAAUUAUUCUGUUUGGUUCCGGUGGGGGCGUGUAGGGAAAUGUGGUCAAAAUAAACUUGAAAGUUUCUCUUCUAACCUACAAGCUGCUAAGGAUUGUUUCGAACGAAAGUUUUUCGAUAAAACUCUUAAUCGUUGGGAAGAUAGAGCCAAUUUCGAAAAACAAAAUGGCAAAUAUGAUAUGGUCGAGUUGGAUUAUGGUGUUCAAGAGCAGAAUGUAGCACCAAAAAAGAAGAAAGCUAAAGAAGUUAAGUCCCGACUUCCCGUUGCAGUCCAGGUACUUAUUCAAUUGAUUUGUGAUAUAAACAAUAUGGAACAAGUUAUGCAUGAAUUAAAAUACGAUUCACGUCGUGCUCCCCUCGGAAAAUUAAGUACAACACAGAUUCGUGCAGGCUACACAGCAUUAAAUAAUAUUUCCAAAAUAGUCAACGCUUUGUCUGCAUUAAAUCAGACAUCUGAUGCUAAAAAGGAAACCAAGUCAAGAGGUCGACUCAAACGCGUUAAAAACAAUGCUAGUGAAAGACAAAAAUUAGAAGAACAAUUGGUUUCGGCAUGUAACGAUUUCUACACUCGAAUUCCGCAUGACUUCGGUAUGCGUAUCCCACCUGUCAUUCGCACCCUGCCUGAUGUUAAGUCGAAGAUCGAAUUAUUGGAAGCUCUGUCCGAUAUUGAAUUCGCAGUUAACAUUCUGAAAAAUAAUCAGUCGUCGACGGAAAAUAUUAUUGAUGUAAAUUACAAACGACUGAAUUGUGAUAUUCGGCCACUGAGAUCUACUGAUGCCAUGUAUUCGCUGCUAACUGACUACCUGCAAGAAACUCAUGGUUCUACUCACACUCUGUACACACUGGAGAUAUUAGACAUAUUUGAAUGCCAAAAGUCAACAGAACGAGAGAACUUCAAAGAUUACGGAAAUAGAAUGCUUCUUUGGCAUGGAAGUCGUCUCAGCAAUUGGGUUGGUAUUUUAGGAAGAGGUUUACAAAUAGCUCCACCUGAAGCGCCAUGCAGCGGAUAUAUGUUCGGUAAGGGUGUAUAUUUUGCUGAUUGUUCAUCGAAAUCGGCCAAUUAUGUAUAUCCAACACAGCUACAAAAUGUUGGACUGAUGCUUGCAUGUGAGGUUUCACUUGGUAAGCAACGAGAGCUUUAUCGUGCAUGUUCUAAUGUCACAGACAGUCUAUCCGGUUUUAACAGUGUAAAAGGAGUUGGAAAAUGGCGAACAACUCAGGACACAUGGAAAACUUUAGAUGAUGGUGUCGUUGUGCCUUGCGGAAAAUUAACUGAGGCACCUGAACCAGAGGCGAAGCAAUGUGUCCUUCUAUACAACGAAUAUAUCGUUUAUCACGUGAAUCAAAUUCGCCUGCGGUAUUUAUUAAAAGUGAAAUUCAAAUUCCGAGACUAAAAUCCAGAGAGCAAUACGAGAAUGCAGACAUAACGCUCAAAAGUUGUCUGUUCAUAUUAUAUUCCUCACAAAUUUUUAUAUUCAAAGUAUUCUAGCCAUCUUAACGUGAAGAUUCCUCGUCAUAUUUUUCUAUUAUAUCUUUUAUAAACCAUAAUACAAUUUUCAAUGUCAACACAGAAUUUUCCAUUCAAAAACAUUGAAAUAUUAUCCUCCCAAAGUCUGAACUCCAUCGACUUGUUUCUUGCCUACCCUUUCGCUUAUUAUAUUUCCUUUGCGUCCCUCUUCGACGUUUGUGUACUUCUGUGAAGUAUUGAAACUUAAACUGCUGAGCUUCUAUGCAGAGUUCUACCUUGGAAACUCAGCCAGUCUUGUUUGACUACCACUGACUGACGCAUCGGUGUAAAAGCUUUCAUACAGCUGCAUCAUUCUAAGUUAUCAAACUUGUGUAGAGCAGGUGAGAAAAGAGCACAGAAACUUAGUGAUACUUCAAUUGAUUAACAUUUGGAUAAGGGGGUAGAUAAUUCGACAAAUAUUAAAGAUUUUCAGGGACUGGAGAAGGUGUCAGAUUUUGCCAGUACGGAGAGAAACUGCAUACACCAACCCUUUCGAAAGUCGACCUUCGAUAACCACAUUCACAUCGUAAUCUUGGAGACUAUUUUAUUUGACACAUGCCAUUUCGGAUUUCGAUAUACACCGGAUAAUC